AUGUCUCGCGCGCUGCUUAUAACAGGAGCCACCGGAAAACAAGGCGGUAGCGUCAUCAAAGCUCUGCUUGCCAGGAAUGCCGAUUUUAAAAUUCUAGCCGUCACAAGAGAUGUCGCUUCACCAUCAGCCAAGAGGCUGGCUGCAGCAUCUCCAAACAUCACACUUGUCCAGGGCAAUCUAGACAAUACAGAGGCUAUAUUCCAAAAUGCCAAGAAAGCGGCCCAAGAACCCGUCUGGGGAGUUUUUAGCGUUCAGGUGUCCAUGAAUAAGACGGGUCCAAUUAUCGAACAGGCGCAAGGCAAGGCCCUCGUUGAUUCGGCCAUCAAGCACGGUGUAGAGCACUUUGUCUACUCGUCUGUAGAUCGCGGCGGCGCAAAGUCAAUUGACAAUCCCACCAACAUCCCUCAUUUCGUCAGCAAACAUCACAUUGAGCAUCAUCUCAUCAAUAGUGCUGGGGAUAAAAUGUCUUGGACGAUUCUCAGGCCCGUGGCGUUUAUGGAGAACUUUGCACCUGGUUUUGUCGGCAAGAUUUUCGCCACCAUUUGGAGAGAAGCCUUAAAGUCUCGCCCGUUGCAGCUCAUAUCGACCGACGACAUUGGUACAUUUGCAGCUCUAUCUUUUAUGCAGCCGCAUGAAUACUCAGGCAAGAGCAUAUCGCUGGCUGGCGAUGAACUGACAUAUGCUCAGGUAGAAGAGGUCUUUCGUAAGGAGACGGGGGCUCCUCCGCCCACUACAUUUGGUUUCAUAGCCCGCCUCGUAUUGAGAAUGUCAGAAGAGAUGAGAACCAUGUUUACUUUCUUCGAGAAAGAAGGGUACGGAGCUGAUAUCAAAUCGAUAAAGGAGAUUGACCCUGAAUUGAAGACUUUCAGCCAGUGGUUAGGUAGCAAGUCACCGGCGAAGCCUUAA